GUGAAACUGUAAAUGUUAUAAUUUGAAAACUAAAGUGUAAGUGAGUGAAGUGACAAUGGGUUUCGAAUUGCCGCGGUACAAUAAGUGCUGUUACUGCAUUCCUUUGAAGAUUGGCGUGUUACUCAUUGGAUAUGUGUCUAUUAUAGCUUCCUGCCUAACGCUGGCCACAGUCUCGUGGUCAAUCUUCAAAGUGUCGGAGUUUGUUCAGGAUAGCAAAGAUAGACCAAACCCGCAGCAUCCGCCCAACGAGGUGGCGAGGGCGGCCCUGGGCCUGUACCUGUCCUUCGCCUACUAUCUACUAGUGUUCCUGUUUAAUGUCACUAUCAGUAUUAUUUUGGUGAUUGGGACACAUACCGACAAGCCGCAUUACUUGCGGUUCUACUUCAAGGCGGUGAUGUUCCUGUUCGCUCUGAGCGUGGUCCUGGUGGUGGUCACCUUCGUGUUCAUGGGCUUCUUCGCCACGCUGCCUGUGCUUAAGUGGUCUUUUACGCUGCUGAUUUGCAUGAUAAUCGUAAGAAGUUAUUACCUGGUGCUCGAAGAGAGGGAGAAACAGCCAGCACCGUUCGAAUUGCAGCCUUACAUCCCUGUGCGCCAAGUUCCACCACAAGGCAUGGCGUGACCAUAAACUAUUGUUUUAUUUAUUUAUUGUAAGCAAACGAAGUAGUCAUUUUUAAAUAAAACCUAUUUUUACUAUG